AUGAUCAAAAAUAGCUUGGAUCCACUUCUUGAGUCCUGUUUACCGCCAUUUAUCGCCUCCAUAGAAGUGAAUGAUUUCACUCUUGGUACUCACACUCCAUUUAUCAAGUAUGUCGAGGCGUAUGAUAAUUUUGACGACCUACGAAAGCUUCGAGCUACGGCACUAAGCAUGCGAUCCCCGCCAGACGACCUUCUCACCCGCCCCAAGUACAAGGCCGUGCUCGACCUGGACAUUGGGCUAGCAUCACCAGAAGCACGCUUUGUCAUUCGCAUCAGACUCGGAAAUAAGGGGAUACUUGGCACUGAGACUGAUAUUGCGAUUGAGGAUUUCCAGAUCAGUGGACGAAUGCAGCUGGUGUUCAGCUUUAAUCGUAACAUCGCUUUCCCACACCUUGCCUCCAUAUCAUUUUGUUUUCUUGAAGAGCCACAGGUAUCGUUCAACAUCAGGAUGCUGAAAGCUGUCCAACUUAUGGACUUUCCAUUGGUUCGGCAGUGGGUAACACAGCUUGUGAAUGACACACUCAAACUUUCUCUAGUCGAUCCUGAUAGGAUAUAUAUCCCACUCUGUGAAGAUCCAGAUGAUGCAGGAAGAGGAGCAGAUUGUGCCUGUGGAGCUCUGACACUGAAAAUCACAGGAGGAGUGCAAGGCAGGCCUACAGAUGACACCUACUGGUGUGUCGUCUCACUUGGGGAUCAAAAGUACAGUACAAAAGAGAUAAGUUCAGAGGGACCCUGGAGCGAUCAUGUCACUAUUCUAGUUUACAACUUACAUUAUGACAAGGUCAUUGUCAAAGUCAAAGGCAAAAGAAAACUGGGAACAAAGUAUACUGUCUUCCAGGAUACCACGGCUCUAGCCAGACUUUACCUUGAUUCAAAUCCGAUUCAAGAAAAGUGCUUUGAGAAGGAGGGAUUGAGGGGCAGUUCUAUGAAGAUGGAGAUGGAGUACACACCUCUACCCGUGGUGACCAUUCCAAGUGAAGAAGAUUCUGAACAGUUCGAAGAACUAGCCGUAAGCACUUCACAACGCUUGCGUACUGACCCUGAUGAAGUUUCAGGAGUGCUUCUGGUAUGUAUGCAUGGUGGAGAAAGUAUGAUUCCUAUGGAUAAGAACGGACUGAGUGACCCUUACUGUGUUGUCUAUGCCAAUCGAAAUCUGAUGAAGAAGACGGAAGUAGCAAAAGAGACGUUAGACCCUGUCUGGAAUGCCAUGGUAGAGUUCCCAGUAGCUAAUUUUACACAGGUGACGCUAUCGUUCGCGGUGUUCGACAAGGACGACGCCAUUGACGACUUCCUUGGAUCAUGUAACUUUAAGCUUACUAAGGUAUAA